AUGGACUUCCCCAGUCAACCUUCAUCGACGUCUGGCAUAAGAGCUCUGCCUGCUGUUCCAAACGCUGCCAGCACCGUAUUCAGAUUAUCAUCCCCAACUAGACCCAGCCCCGCCAAGUCUCACUCUCCCUGUUCUUCGGGAGCGUCGUCCGCAGUCACCAACGUAACGCCGGUCUCGAGACACAACUCUCCUGAUUCAGUAUUGCGAGCUCGCGACUUCGAUCUCCUCGUUCAUUCUGUUGGUCCUCAGUCGCCAAGUGCAACGGCAGAUAUACUAGAUCUUUACUCCGAGACCGGCCCCAGCAUCAUGGACGGACCCCGAAACAGUCAAGGGCGUAACGGCCGAGCCGAGAUAGAAGAUCUUUUGACAGGCCGGGGGCCGGGUACACCGAGAGGACUGGAAGCGUGCGUGGGUGGUGGUUCUGGUGGACAUCAUCAGCCGCGUUAUGUCGAUACUGAUCCUGGCCUCUGGUGGCCAGAUGUUCCAAAUGUGUGCAGCAGCCGGGCAAGCCCUGCUUCGUACUUUAGUUCUUUUCAAGCCGGAGGGGGUGGUGCCGGCUGUGGCUAUGGCGGCAGCAACUGCGGUGGCGACGGCACUCUGAAUUCCCCAUCGGCUCCCUUCUCAACGGGCAUAAUGACCACCGGACCACGGUUACGGGAAGGAUCUGCCGGAAGUGAUGUUGCAACUUCAGCAGACACUGGAAAGAGCGACCCGAGCAGUCAGAAACAGGCGCAAUCAGGCAGCAAGAACAAUAAUUCCAUAGGGGAACCGUCCACGAGCGGUGAUUCGAGGCCUGGCUUGAAUCUUCAGCAGUCCCUGGCACCGGCUGGCAAAAGUCGCACGGAUAACAGCGGGUUGGCAACUACGUCCUCGGUCGUGCCUUCCUCAUUCGGUUUGCAAAGACUUUCCAAUUUGAGCCACAACCACUACUACUGGCCAUCAUCCCGCCCAAACAUUUCAUCUCCCACUUCUUCUCCUGUACAAUACAGUCACAACAGCAGCCGUAAUCUCCCUCACUCUCCAUUUUCUGUUGCUGCACCGAGCUCAGGCUUGCCAGGCUCCGCGGUCUUUCGGCCUGUGAUCGAGCCAGGCAGGCAGUCUUCCGUAUCAACUACUGAGAUAUCAGGCAACCCUCCUGUGACUCUUGCCACACGCUGGGAGUCGCUUUCACGAAAUUCGGUUUCGACUUUGCAACCUACCCAGCACCAUAACCAGCAGAACCAACACAGCACUAUCUUGCACCAUCGCAACCCAACUAGAGCAGCUCAUCGCAAACAUCAUCAUCCCGUCACUGACGUGACGUCAAGCAACACGAUGUCAUCUGCCGCGGCUGCUUCGAACGCGCACAUGGCGCAAACUUCUCUGCCACUGCCAUCGCCCAUUUUAACUGCUCAGACCAGUGGCGCGCUUUCUGAUGACGAUACCUCGAACACUGCGAUCGAGUACGACGAUGGCGAAAACUAUUUUGCCUACUGCUUUGACCGGGGCAACGGACGCUAUACGCGCCUAAUUCCCGCCGAUGUCCUGCCUCCGCUGAUGGACAUCCCUUCGGUUGAGCACAGCUGCGUCGGAAUGCGCGUACUGCCAGUUCCGCGGAACCUUGCGCCGACUGGCCGAUCCAUCAACAUGCAGCCUGUUGAUUUCGCAACGUCGCGCAUCGACAACAUCGUCGCCACUCAGCCUCAACCCAUGCCCCCAACGACUCCGAAGCGCCUCAAGAUAUACUGUGACAAAUGGGUGCACGAGGGUGUCUGCGCAUUCACUCAGCAGGGGUGCAAGUAUAAGCACGAGAUGCCAUUUGACCGUGAGACGCAGAAGUCUCUUGGACUCUUUCAUGGUCUUCCUUCAUGGUGGCGGAAACAUCACAGCGAGCUGCAACGCCAAAUUGAAGCCAGCGACGCUUCUCCUACUGACCAACAAGCUCUAGUUGUGGGCAGCCGCUCCCUCAACGCCGGUGGGGAAGAGGCCAUCUAUAUGGGUGGUGGUGUAGAUGGGUAUGGCGCCCAUAUUCAGACCCCGCUGGCCGGCCGCCGACCACACCACUCCAGUGACCUUUCUUGGCGGCGGCAAGAGGCUCAUCCAAUGGCCUCCACGGUUGAGAUGACUUCGCCCCCAACCCCUCCAUCAUCGGGUUCCCGUGCGAACAAAACCUUUACCAUGCCUGAACAUACAGACUCCUCUACUUCUCAUAGCCAGCGACGUUUUUCGAACUCUGGCCGUGGCGGAGUUUUGCCUGGCUUCGGUGGACAUGUCACACCGUACAUGACAGCAGGUCGAGGGCUGCCUGUGGGACGUGGAGUCGACAGAUCAGCUGGCUGGGGUGCCGUUGGAACUCCUGUCCCGACUGGAUUCCAACUUCCUGCAGGCGCAGCCAGCCGCUCUGGAACACAGAAUCGUCCUGAACGAAGAGGAAGCAACAAGUUCGCCUCCAUGAACAUGUUCGAUCAGCUCUCGCUCGACAAUCCGCAAGAUUCCCCCGAUGAUGGCGAUGACAGCGGCGAGGGCGCUCAGCUCGCUUAA